AGUCUGCGCCCCUACAAACUACGUGGUAGCUAAAGCUGCAUCUAUCCAGAAGCUGUCCGAUUGAAAUUUCUUCCCGCACGAUAUCUAUUCUGAUUCUGUCCUGAGGCCAAAUUGUAGAAAAUGAACCUGGUAUCGGUUUAUGCAUGCCACCGCAAGACCUCAUUUUAUUGGAUCAUUACCUUUUGUACGACUUUUGCUUUUCCCUGGGAUUGGCCGCGAGCCUCUCCUGGCGAGCAGCUACACCUGUGUGCGCAACUCGAAUCAACCUUAUCCAAACCUUGACUAUUCUGUACAAGUGAUUCUCAACCCAAAUUCUGACCGGAAAAGUAAAAUACAUAUUAAUCUUCAUUCGUGCUGGCCACUGCAGCCUCGUUGAUGUCGAGCUCAACAUCCUCUCCAACCUCGAGCCCAGCGCCGCCGCCCGAUCUGGUUCCGGACGCGAGUGCCGAGGUUUUUUCGAGGGAAUCUUCGGAAAGAACAACGCGGGACGACGGUCGCAGUCGGGGGUCCACGUCUUCCACUGUAAAUGAUGCCAACUCCAGUCGAGAGGCCGUGCUAGAAGAAGAUUCAGGCAGAAAUAGCGAAACUUCUUCUUCUGCCCUACCGCAGCUGAAUGAUGCUACAAUUUCCGCCCGCUCUCGUCCCGAGGGAGAAGUCGUGGGGGUUGCAGCAUCAGGGGCGAAAACUACAAAUGGAAAACAAGAUGAGAGAGCCUCCUUGUCUGGUACAGCCACAGCACAUACCUCGAAAAGCAACCGGAAGAAGAGGGAUCCAAAUGCCUGGGUGAACGGGAGAAGGGAACAACAAGAACCGGAUGCAGCUCCUGCGCUCGCAGCUCCGCCCGGCGCGGAUGUGCACGUGGUGCAGCAGCAGGAAGUUCUAUGCAAGACAAAGUAAAUUGUAGUUCUGCUGCUCGCCCCUCUACCCCGCCUUCAGUUUGCCAUGUAGAAAGUGCUGCACUUUGUUAACUGGGUAUUAUUCAAAGUGCUAAAAAAAGUUACUACGCGCAGCGGUAUCUGCGUCAGACCACUACUGAGCAAAUUUUAUCUCGUGCUGGCAGAACAUUGGGACAACUUACUAUUGAGCCAAUCCUUGAUGUCGGGCUUUGAAAAUAUUUCAUGCACAGCAACACAAAGUCGCGAGCAGCGGGGCGCAAAGUAGUAGAUUUUUGCACUGUAUAAGCUCUGCACGGGAACGACGACGUCGACGACGAGGGGAACAGCAGCGAGCCGUCAGUUUCCGGAACCAAGGAGGACGAGGGGUUAUCAAAUGCAAAUAAAAUGUCUGGGUCUGGAAGACGGCGAACUUGUGAUGCGUGUUGCGGAUCAUACAAAAAUCUGUGUUGCAUGACUUGCAAAAGGUCCCCAUAUCUCGCCAUGCUGCGAGGACAUUUCUCAUGCAUAAUGGGCAUCACCAAGGGGCUGCAGAACCUGUGAUGCUAGGCCCUGCAUUCCAGACUUGGUGGAGCUUGGAAAAACUGCAUGACAAAUCGCGGAAUCUUCCAGACCCAGACAUUUUUGCAUUUGAUAGGGGUUUAAGUGGGGCAAAUUCUGGAAAUCCUCCUCUCGGCAGCACUUGAUUCAGGCGGAAAAGCUAUCAAAGUGAAAAAAGCCUCCUCCCCAUAUCGGAAACGGAAGAUGCGCGAAUUUGUGACGCUGUAUUUGAGUACACAAAUCGACUUGUAUUGCUAGAAGGCCAAGAGACGAAGCCGCGGCCUAAAUUGCAGGUAAUCUGUCAUGCUGUCUCCCACUUCCAGUUGCCUACUGUCAUCCUGGAGCUGCAAGGCUUUCCCACGCUAGACAGCACUACAAUCCGCAUCUUUUGCUUUCUAGCAUCACAAAGCUGACUCGUGACCACAAAUCUUAUCUGCAUCACAGAUUUCCGUUUUGAUAUGGGGAGGGGGCAUUUUUCAUUGUAAUAAAAGCGGUUUCUCUACGACAUGCACGAGUAUCUAGAGUUCAACGACGUGAUCGUUUCGCUCGAUGGAAAGCAGCACCUGCAGCUACGGGGAAAUAGAAACCACGUCAUCAGUACCGAAGUCAACAGUGCGGCGACCUCACGGCAUGUGUCGGCAACGAGUGCGGGAGACGUCGACCACUUGGAUAGGCUUGGAACGGAUGACCUGAUAAGAGCGUGAUGAAAACUAUGCGACCGCUGCUUGCUUUUUUGCUGUAAAGAUGAGUCAAUCUUUAUGCGGGUGAACAGGAACGGAUGUGCAAGUUGUCGAAUGUGGAUGAUCUUGCCGUCUUUAGUUUUGUACAACUGUAGGUAGAAGUAUUGAAGAAUGAGGGCCAUGUGGCAAUCUACAUCUGUAGGCUUCAUAAAUAGCUUUUACGAAGGGAUGUAUCUUCGACAAGUGGUGGUCGCGUAUAUGACUUUCACUGGCAUUAUCUGAUGCUUUUUUGCGGAAAGCAGAGGAGAGCGACAAUAAUUGUGUAGAUUCUGGCACUACUUCUGCAACAGCGAAGACACGACAGAAGCUUCUACUCAGGAGUGGCACAAUCGACGUGGAUGCAGCUGGCGUUGAGGGCGCCAUCAUCAAUGACCCGUCAAGAAAACGGGGUACGAUCGACGUCGAGUCCUUCAAUGGAGACGGUGUUGACGACGGUACUAAAAAUGUUGACGAACAAAGGGUGGAAAGCACAAAAAGUCUUCCACUGGGACCGGACAAGGAAAACAAUUGGCAACUAGCAAGUAUUGAAAUAAAUGGCACCAAGUUCUUUCAGCCUCCAAACCGAGCAUCCAACCUGUCCGCCAUGUCUGGGAACUCGAAGAACAGGAAUAGCGAUAGGGGAGGGGUUUUGACGUCCGCCUGUAGUUCGCCAAGAAGUUCGUUGGCUAGUAAGGCUAAAAAGCCGGACGGCGAACGCGAUUCCGAAGUGGAAGUAGAGAAGAACCGCACCAAUUUGCACUGGAUGCAUUCGUUCACGGCUCGCCCACAGAAUUUUUCGGCCUCUGCUGAACAGCGCAUGUCAACAGAUGCCAGAAGCAAUAGUUCAUUUCUGUCCAGCGCUUCAUCAACAUCUACGUCGAAAGGACGCGUCGAGAGAUCCAAUUUCAAGCACAUCGUGCUGUGUCCGGGCUACGGAAUGGGGUGCGCCACGUGGGGGAUGGUGGUGCCCAGUUUGCGGCAGAAGUUUCCCGACCACUUUAUUCACGCCAUCGACUGGCUCGGGUGGGGGCUCAGUUCGCGCCCCAAGUGGACGUUUUUCAACAAAUCAAAGGACGACGAAACUACUAACGCUUCCGCCGGGAGUAUCCUGAGUAAAAACGUACCCACACCAGAGUCAGGAUGGGGAUUUUGCAACACAAACCUAGGAGUUUUGUGAGUCACGCAUGACAAGUUGCACUCCGCAGUGUAGUGCAGGUUAGCAAGUGCAGCCGCGUCACAGAUUCAUCUGCUCAUCCUGUUCACAGCAUCACAAAUUCCAAAACACGACUGCAAAUGGCUCCCAUGGGGAUGCGCAUUACAAGUCUUCCUGUCUUUGCAAAUCUGCAUUACAGCUCUGGUGUGGGUACGUUUUUACUCAGGAUAGGGAGCAUGACCAAGUCGGCCAUCCGGCGGAAGGUCGACCAAGCGGAGUCCUUUUUCAUCUACAGUCUGGAGAUUAUCAACUGCAAAAAUGUCUGGGUCUGCAAAUUUGUGAUGCUAAAAUGUGCAAGAGGAAGUCACUUUCUUAUGCAGGAAUAAAGCAUGACAAGGCUGCAGCACGCUUUCUCAUACGAACUCCGCAUGAAACUGUGUUUUUGUAUGACAUGAGACAGGCUACCACUGUUCUUGGUCAUGCAAUACAGAUUGCACAGGAAUGCAACACCAGCAUCACAAGUUCCAACUUUCCAGACCCAGACAUAUUUGCAAUCCAUAGAGAUGUGGCGGCAGCAAAUUCUGGGGCCGGACACGAAGAUCGAUAUUCUGGUGGGGCACAGCAUGGGCGGCUACUUGUCGGUGUGCUACGCGGAGAAGUUUCCCAACCACGUGACGAGUUUGAUUCUCGCUUCGCCCUGCGGCAUCGCGCGCAUGCCCAACGCGGAGGUGCGAAAGCAGAAAAUGGAGGAGCGGCCGUGGUACGCGAAGCUGCUUUUAAACACGGCGUACAGCCUCUGGGAAAACGACUUCACUCCCUUCGAAGUCGUCCGUUUCCUGGGGAAGCCGCUCGGCGGGAAGGCGUUGGUGCGGGCCUAUGUGCAGAAGCGUUUCGUGGACAACGGGCAAUUUGCCAAGUACAGCAACACCGACAAAUUUAUUCGGGGGAUGGACGGUGACACCGACAAAGCCUGCGAAGUCACCGGUCUGCCCAAGGGCAUGUCCGACCGGUCGGGCCGGUCCUUCACGCGGGAAAACCUGGGGAAGUACCUCUACCACUGCUAUGCUGCGGAGGAGGGCUCGGCGGAGUACAUGAUCUCCGCCCUACUCCAUCCCGGUGCCUACGUACCCUAGUGCACAGCUGCUCCCCCUCGCUUUUAUUUCUCAUUCACGAACUUAUCAAAAAAUCGACGUGCACCUUUUGGUUUUGCCAGCAGCACAUUUUUUGCCACUACUGUGCAUAUAACAGAUUCUUUUUCUUGUUGUUCCGGAAGCCGAGACAGCACCAGAAUCGGUCGUGCCUAAUUUUUUGUCAUGAAAAGCAAGCUGCCUGAUCUUUGCCAGCGCUUGUGCUGCUACGGACGGCAGCUACAACAUCCAAGUGAUGGGGAGACGAAGGGGAGCCGUGAAACGCUUUCAUAUUGCGCCAAACGCCCGCUCGGGGAGCGGAUUCUGAAGCUGCAGAUCCAGGGUGGGAUCAGCUUCAUCUACGGCUACCCCAAUGAUUGGAUGGACGUGAAGUCGUCGCAGCGGCUGCUGUAUUAAAUGUAAAAGUGUCUGGGUCUGGAUCUGGAAGGAUGCAAACUUGUGAUGCGCAUUUCACAACACAAACAAAUCUCUCAUGCAGGGCAACAAAAGGUGCCCAUUUCCUGGCUCCAAAAUGGGGGAUUUGUCAUGCGGAUUAAGCAAUGUGGAAGCCUCUCGAAAUCUGUGAUGCUAGGGCUUCCAUGACAGACAUUUUGUGUCAUGCAAAAACAGCAUGGCAUCAAUUUCAAUUCGGCAUUCUUUCAGACCCAGACAUUUUUACAUUUGAUAUGCUGCAGUUUGUGAAGAGCCCGGAAAUUUUGACCCGGUUGGACUCCAGCGACGAGCUCACGGAGAACCCGCACCCGAUUUCGCCCGAAUUCGUCCAGCGGAUGAAGCAAAGCCAGGUGAAAUUGGUAAAAUUCAAGUUGAACUACGAAACGGCCAGGGAGGGUGGCGCAAGUGGAACUCUUUCAGCUGCAUCGGAAGAUGUUGGACAAGAUAGUACAACUACCAAAUCUCCUUCUAGCGAGGCUGCACUAACAUCAAACAGCACUUCUGCCGCAAAGUCUACCAGCAUGUUGCCAUCAGCGCCUGAUGCGUCGUACCGGGAAGGCGGGGUGUACUUUGUCAAUAACGCGGGGCACCAGUUGUACGUAGACAAUCCAGCGGAGUUCGCAAACGUAGUCUACUUGGCACACAGCAAGCCCAACUUGGUGCGGACGGUGGAGGAGGUCCCGUAG